GAGCAUUUUAUAUGAUUCAAUUGUUACUGUAUUUUGUAAGGGAACUAGGAAGGUUCCCUACACAACAAAUCUGAUCUAUCCUCUAACGCACCUCAAUCCUCGUAUUUAUAAUUAAACAGUAGCAAGUAAAUCACCGAAACGUCAAGUAAAUGAAAACAACAUCAUUAAAGAAACUAGCUAUAAAGGCAAUUACUAGAUUUACGAAUCCGUGAAUUCAACGUUUAAAUCAAACCAAAAGUUCUCAAAUGGAACGUUCGUACACAUUUUGUGGAAGGAAUAUGCGUGAAGGAAUUUAGUUAUCCGUUGGAGAGUAAACUCUUAAUGUGACUAGGUCAUGUAACGCUUUCGUCUACAGUGCAACAUUUUAAACUUGUACUAUGUUUUCAAAAACGGAUUAUGCGAUGCAUUUCAAUCCGGUGGAUUACGUAAAAGACUGGGCAGGAACUGAUAUGUCAUUCUAUCCCGAUAAACUACACGAAUUAUUCACAACAGGUGUGAUAAAAGGCAAUACAUAUCUUGAAUAUGGGGCGGGUCCAACUCUUCACUCCGUAGCUGCAAUUAGCCCGUUUGUCAACGAGAUCACAAUUGCCGAGAUGUUACCUCAGAAUAGGCGAGAGUUGACGAAAUGGCUAAAUGACGACGAAGAUGCCAUCAGUUGGGACAGCUACAUAGAACAUCUGAUCAGAUUGGAUAAUAAUAGGGACAGCGCUGAAGACAUAAAGAUUGCGAUCGAGAAAAGGAAAUUAUCUAUUAGAAGCAAGGUUAAGAAUGUUAUUCCAUGCGAUGCGCUUCUUCUUAAUCCUAUUGCUCCAAUGAACGCUACAUUUGAUGUAGUGGGCAGUAGUCUCAUGCUAGACUGUGCCGCAGGCUCGACCUACAAACAGCGUUUGAAAAAUGCAUCGGCUCUUGUCAAACCUGGUGGAUUUUUCGUUCAGUUCUCAAACGGCCCCGGAUGUUGUAACUGGAAAUGUGGCUCGGUUUUCUUCAAGGUUGUGGAUCCACAAACACCAGAAGAUAACGCCAUUGCCUUAGACGAGGCGGGGUUUAACAUUCUACAAACAGCAAACUUUGAAUUGCCACCGUCUUUUUGUCAAGAUGGCAUAUUUGAUUGUAAAGAUAUGUUCCUUACGGUCUGUCGCAAACGAUACUAGAUUUUCAAAUUUAUAUUCGAAGAAGUAUUUCUUUGAAAUUAAUCAUAUCGCAGUGUUUGCUUCGGGUGCGAUUUGUCUGUACGAUCGUCAAUAUUGAUAUUUGAGCUACAACUGACAAAAAAAGACGUAUAGAAAAAUGACGAGUUUUUAGUUUUUGCGAUUCCAUACGUUUUUUUUUUGAUAAACAAAAAUAUAUUUUAUUUCUGCAAUCCACAGUCCUUGUAUUAAAUCAUACUGGACAGAGCAACGUAGAUUAUGCUUAUGACAUUUAGAAAAGAAAAUAUGAGAUGUACUUUUAUAAUGUAAUAUGUUGCUUCACUUAUUUUCACAAAAGUUGUCACUAUGGCGACACGUUUGAAAGUGUUUUCUGGUUGAUUUAUUGUAUAAUCUAUAAUUGAACAUUUUGUUACAAAAAUGCAUAUUAUCAUAUUUUCUGAAUAGUUCGUAUAUUACCAGGCGUAAUCCUUGUUUCACCACCCCGUGUAUUUUCAAAAGUGUCUACAUAUAACACAGUUGUUGGUUUCCAUAAUUCUUAGUUCUUUUGUUCGUGAGCUAUAGAUUGGGAAUCAUAAUUGAUAUAUUCAUACAAAAUCCUAGUUUGUGAGCUAUACACUUGGAAUUAUCAUGGAUACAUCCACAAAAACUGUUAGUGUGUUAAAUAGAUUGGGAAUUGCGACUUUUGGAUUCAUCCAUAUUUAUUCAUAAUGUGGUUGUGAGCUACACAUUGGGUAUCAUGCCACGGUCAGAUUUGCUACG